AUGGCUUCCAACACCACAGAGAUUGCUGCUUCAUUAUUUACACCAGACAAGGCUACAGUCGCUUGGAGCAACCACAGCAAUGACAGCCACUGUCCCUCACCAGAGGCCUGGGAAUGGCUAUACACCAUGCAGCCCGUGUACAUGAUGGUCAUUUGCGUGCUGGGCAUCAUUGGUAAUGUCUUCGUCCUGACCAUAUUCCUGCUGCACAAGAAGCCCUGCACGGUGGCUGAAAUAUAUUUGAGUAACCUGGCCGCCGCGGACCUGGUUCUCGUCUCCUGCCUGCCCUUCUGGGCAGUCAGCGUGGCAAACGAGUUCAACUGGAUGUUCGGGCCUGCCAUGUGCCGCCUGGUCAACAUGGGCGUCAACAUAAACAUGUACUGCAGCAUCUACUUCCUGGUGCUGGUGAGUGCCGACCGCUACAUAGCUUUGGUCCACGCCAUGUCGCACGGCCGGAUGCGGAGGGUGUCCUACGCCAAGCUCAGCUGCAUGGCCAUAUGGGUCCUGGGCAUCAUCGCCAGCAUCCCAGUUAUGAUGUUUAGAACAGUGGAGUACAUACCAGAAUACCAAGUGACCGCCUGCUACUUGAAAUACCCAAGCCUGGAGGUGGAGCUGACCUGCGACCUCCUCCUCAUCCUUUUUGGGUUCCUCGUACCCCUGUCAGUCAUCUCGUACUGCACAUACAGGAUCAUCCAUGCUCUGAAGAACCAAACCAUGGAGAAGUUCAACACGGUAAAGACAGAGAAGAGGGCCACUCUUCUGGUGCUUGCUGUUUUGCUGGCCUUCGUGGUGUGUUGGAUACCGUUCCACUUUGUGACGUUGCUCCACGUGCUCCUCCGUGCCGAUGUCCUGACCGGUUGUGAUCUGGAAUCUGGUCUGGAGAUCAGCAACCAGGUGUUCACUUACCUGGCUUUCAGCAACAGCGUGCUCAAUCCCAUUUUGUAUGUGAUUGUGGGAAAGAACUUCAGAAAGAAAGUCAAGGAGGUGUUUGAGCAGAUAUCUCUGAGAAAGAAACAAAUUGCAGGUUCUACUCGAUCAAAUACUUCAUCCACAUUAAAAACCACAGUCUCAUCAUAG